AUGAAUAGGUAAGAACAUUCACAUUAAAUUUGCUAAAUUUGCCAUAAGCAAAUCAAAUCAAAUAAAAUGGUAUUCAAGAAUUCUAUCUAAGGCUUCACAUAAGACAUAAUGCUUGAGAAAUUAAAGACAAAGAAGAUCAUAACAAUAAUAAUAAUAAUAAAGAGAUUAGUAAUAAAGAUAAUCUUAAUAAAGAAUUAAUAAUUCUGUUAAUUAUAAUAUUCAAUAUAUACAGGAUAGUUCUGAUAGCGAAUUAGAAGGAAUGCCACAAUUUCCUAACUUUAAUUGUAAUUCAAUUUAAAUAGUCUAAUAUAGAAAUUUUUGGACCUAGUUCUUAUUUUCAACGAUCUAUGGAGAAUAUGAGACAUUAAAUGAACGAAGCUUUCAAUAUCAAGUAAACUUUUAUGCGUUAUCUAGUCUCAAUUUUGGUUCUGAUUUAUUUCAAAUUAAUUUAUAAACUAAUGGGAACUAAAGAUAACAUAUAUAAAUAAAUAGCAUAGGGCCAGAAAUCCAAGCAUAAUAAUUUUUUCAUAUUCCCUCUUUUCAAUUCAUUUAUGAUGAUGAUGAUGAUGAUGAUGAUGAUGAUGAUUCUGAUUUAGAAAAUUAAUCUCAUCCAAGUUAAGAACCAGAAGCCUAGUAAAUAAGACAAGCAUAACCGAUGAGUUUAAGUGAAAUCAAAAGGAUACCAACAUAAAAGUAUAUUCCUAAUAAGAAAAAUAAAAAUUGUGUUAUUUGCAUGAUAGAUUUUAAGAAAUCUGAUAAUGUUAAGUAAUAGGUUUUAUUAACAAUAUUGUAGAAUAUUGCAUUGUUUCCAUUAGUUCCAUGCAAAAUGCAUAAAUUAAUGGUUGAAAUAGAAAGGGGAAUGCCCUGUAUGCAGACACUAAUUAAAAUGAAUCAUUUCA